UUCCGUCAAUCUCGAUUGUCAGUGACAUGUUUAGCGGAAGUUUUUCAUUCACGAGUCAUUUUCUCGUUCAAUUAAUUAAAUUACGAAUAAUCAAUUAAAUUAUAACAACAAUAACAGUUUCAGUUGACAUUUAAUAUUUAAAUAUAUUGGUGACAUGUCCAUCUUAUGAUCUGAUUCGAUCGGCUUUUCAUUCCGGAUUGUUUGUCCAAAGAAUGCCAAGUAUGUGUGAUUCUUCCCAAUCCAGUUCUCCUAGUUUAAUAAACAAAUUACGUCAGUUCAGAUUCCAAAAAAAGCAAUUAACUUCUCGUGCUACCCCAUCUUCCAGUAAUUCAUCUCAGAAUAAUGAUUUGCAGUUAACACCAGUUUCUUCACGUAAAGAAGUUGAUGUAAUACCUGAAACACCAGAAUCUGAAAAACCAAUAAAUUCAUGUAACAAUUUUAGUGAUAAUGAAGUGAAAAAUGGAAUUUCUUGUGAAAGCCCAAGAUCAGAAAAAUUAGAUACUCAUUCAACCACAAUAUCAAAUUCUGAGAAUGUUUCCUUAUCCAUACUUCAAAAGAGACCAAAAAGUACAUGUAAUGAGAUUAAUGAUGAUAGUGAACAAAAUGAUUCAGUCAAUAAUUGGUUCAAAAAAAGAAAAUAUUCUGAAAUAGAUUCAGAAUUUUUAACAGAUAAAGAAAGAAGUCUAAGAGUAUUAAUGGAUACUUUUCCAUAUGCAGAUAUUAUGGAAAUGCAAGAUAUUCUUGUAUCAUGUCAAUGGGAUAUUGAAAAGGCAACUGCACGCAUUAAACCAAAUACAGAACAGGAUACAUUAAAUCAAAUGAAAAAGAAAUUAACAAAUACACAACAUUCAGUACCAACUGAUAAUGUAAAAAAAUCAAAUAUACAUGCACCCAUUAUAAAAGACUCGGAAGAUGAAAGUGAUGAUGGAUGGUUAUCAAAAACAACUGCAAUGAGAACAUAUGGAAGAAAUUCUACAAAAAAAAAUUACAGCAACGCAAAACCAGUUAUUUCUGAUGAAAGUGAUGUUGAAAAGAAGUCUGAGGAUAAUAAAAAUACAUCAGUUUCAGAUAAUAGCUGGUUUAAUCAAAAUUGUGAAACAUUUGAUGAUUUGUUUCAGUUAAAGGUUGAACCAGAAAAUAAUUCAGAAUCUGUGAAUAAUAUCGUAAAAAAAAAGAAGAAAAUUAUUCCGAUGAGAGAGUCAAGUGAUGAUGAUGACACUCCACAUGUUAGAACACCUCUCAAAAAACCUAUGCAUUUACAAAAGAGAAAAAAAAUUAAAAAAAUAAGAGCUGAUAGUGAUGACGACGACAUAGGAGAUUAUCAGCAAGAAAAUGUUUACGAUAGUGAUAAUAGUGAUGACAAUGACGAUGUAUUGACUCCAGCCAGAGCUUCAGUUCUAAACUUUUUUCAAGAAGCAACAAGUGAGGAAUUAAUAAGUGUUCCUGGUUGUAGCAAAAAGAAAGUUGACAUUAUUGUGGGCCUUCGACCAUUUAGUGGAUGGAUGGAUUUGGUUAAUAAAUUUGAGAGUAAUAAAUAUAUAACUCCUGAUUUACUUAAUGGAGCCAGAACACUGAUAAACACUAGGGAAGCAGUAAUAAAAUUGAUGCAACGAUGUCAACGUAUCUCCGAAGAAUCUGGAAAAAUGAUUGAAUAUUUAAUGGAAGGAAGGGGGGAUGAAAUUGAAGGUUAUAUCUCACAACAGCCUUCAUUAUUAAACAAUAGAUUACACUUAGCACCAUAUCAACUCUUGGGAUUGAAUUGGUUAGUUUUAAUGCACAAAAAGCAUAUAAAUGGAAUCUUAGCUGAUGAAAUGGGCUUAGGAAAGACAAUCCAAGCUAUUGCUUUUCUAGCACAAAUUAAAGAAAAGGGAGAAGAAGGACCAUUUCUUAUCAUUGUUCCUUCAUCUACAAUAGAUAACUGGUUAAGAGAAUUACGUUUAUGGUUACCAUCUGCAAGUGUUUUAUGUUAUCGAGGACCUCAAGACGAAAGAAGACUUCUAAGACAUCAGAUCCUCAAUGAUGAAGUGGAUGAUUUUGAUGUUUUGGUCACAACAUAUGCUUUAGUUACUAGUAGUGCUGAAGAUAGAAGCCUCUUUAAACAUCUUGAUUUUCAUUAUGUGAUAUUUGAUGAAGCUCAUAUGUUAAAAAAUAUGAGAACACAACGAUAUCAAAACCUUAUGAGAAUUAGAGCAAAGCGUCGCCUUCUCUUAACAGGCACACCACUUCAAAAUAAUUUAUCUGAACUUAUGUCUCUACUUAUUUUUGUAAUGCCCGAUAUGUUUUUAGGAAAAAUUGAUCAAGUAAAACAAGUAUUUUCUACAGCCUGUAAAACUGAAGAUAAUAGAAGUAAUUUUGAACGUGAAAGAAUUGAACAAGCUAAAAGGAUAAUGAAACCUUUUGUAUUAAGAAGAUUAAAAUGUGAUGUACUAAAACAACUUCCUGCAAAACAUGAUGAGGUUAAAUUAUGUCCAAUGGCAGAGGCACAAUACAAAGAAUAUACCAACUUAGUUGCAGAAUUAUCCAGUAAAGUUAAGAAAAGUACAGAAGAGAAAGUACACACAAAUGGUAUAGGAAUGAUGAUGGAAUUAAGGAAAUUAGCUAAUCAUCCUUUAUUAAUUAGGAGGUUGUACACGGAAGAUAAACUUCAGCAAAUGGCCAAAUUAAUGCUAAAGGAACCAACUCAUUGUGAUGCAAAUCCUGAACUAAUUUUAGAAGAUAUGCUUCCUAUGUCUGAUUUUCAAUUACACAAGCUCUGCCAUCAAUAUAAAACUGUUUCAUCAUUUAAAUUAAGUCCUGAAACAAUAGUGAGUUCUGGUAAAUUUCAAAUGUUAGAUAGCUUUAUACCUGAGCUAAAACAAAAUGGUGAUAGAAUUUUAUUAUUUAGCCAGUUCACAAUAAUGUUAGACAUCUUAGAAGAAUACAUGAAUAUCAGAAAUUACAGGUUUCUACGAAUGGAUGGCUCAAUACCUGUUGCAGAUAGGCAACCACUCAUAGAUGAAUUUAAUGAAACUCCAGAAAUACUGGUGUUUCUAUUGUCUACUCGAGCUGGAGGACUUGGCAUCAAUCUGACCGCUGCAAAUGUCGUCGUAAUUCACGACAUAGAUUUCAAUCCAUACAAUGAUAAACAGGCAGAAGACAGAUGUCACAGAGUUGGACAGACCAGAGAAGUUCGGGUCAUUAGAAUGAUUAGUGAAAAAACAAUCGAAGAAAACAUUCUUCGAUGUGCUCAAGAUAAACUGAAGCUAGAAAGAGAUAUUACUGCUGAUAAUGAAGAAAGUGAAGACCCAGUGAGUGUAGAUAAAUUAUUACGAUCUGCCUUAGGACUAUAAAAAGAUUAUGGGGAUCAUUUGCCAUCUAUUAUAAUCACAACUGGGAGGGACCAUUCUUAUACCAUGUUAUUAUAAACUGUUUUGAAGUUUCAACAAGUUGUACAAGCAAAAGUUUCUCUGGAAAAAAGAAAUAUUUCAGUGUUUCAAUCAAUGAAAGGAAGGAUCUUUCAGAUGAGAUAUUUUAAAACUUGUGUCUGUCUCAUAAGCAUGCAAAAUUUAAUCUUGUACACAAAGUGGUGACAAAAUAUAAUUUAUCUAGUAUUGUAAUUAUCGUGAAGGUGGCAUGUUUGGUUUGAGUAUCAUCUAAGGUAGCACUCAUCUCAAAUAAUUCAAUGAAGGUUUUAUUUUAUACUUUAAGAAAAAAAUAAAUAAAUUUUGUCUCAGCA